UCUGUCGGCCGCUGCUUACAUUAUGAUUUGAAAUUUGUUUAGCAUCGAUUAAAACCUUUUGCCUUAUCCACCUGGCGUGCAGUGCAAGAACUAAAAUUUGGAUUUAAUAAAUCCAAUUGUUUAAAAAAUGCUGCUAAAAGGGGUUUUACACUACAAUACUUUGUAUUAUGAUUAUAGUUGUAUUUUUAAUAAUACAAAAUCAUUUUCAUUGUCAUGAUGUAGUUUGGCUUGUAUUAUAAAAAAAUAUUGUAAGGCUUUACAUUAUUGUACAAAAUAAUAAAAGAAGUAUUAAUACAUUUUGCUUGUCAAAAAUAUAAUUAUUUUUAAAUAACAUUUGAAUAUUUUUAAUUUCAACGAAUUUAUAUCGCAAGGAUUUGCAAAAAUGGAUGAAGUUGCGGUAGUUACCAUUUUAAUAAGUUUAAUUAAAAAGAAGAAGGAAAAGAAGAAUUUGAAAAAUAAGAUAGUUAAAAAAAGGUCUCUAUGGAGUCGAGAGUGGCUAAAAAAAAGAAAUUCUGGUAAAGAUUUAAGUAACAUGGUGCUGAAAGAACUUCAACUGGAGGACCCACCAAGUUUUGAAAAUUUUUGCAGGCUUCCGAAACAUCUUUUUAAUAAACUGUUAGAAAUUGUUGGGCCAACAAUAACGAAGCAGGACACAAUCCUUAGGCAAGCGAUACCAGCCAGUACCAGGUUGCUUAUUACACUUCGGUAUUUGUCAACUGGUAAUACAUUUACAGAUAUGUCCUAUAGUUUUAGAGUAUCAGUUCCAGCCAUAUCCAUUAUUAUUCCUGAAACGCUAAAAGCUAUUUAUUACAAUUUAAAAGACGUUUAUUUAAAGGGGUGCACAACAACUGAAGAAUGGCUGGAUGUGGCUACAGAAUUUAAUAAUAAAUGGAAUUUCCCUAUGUGCCUUGGAGCGAUAGACGGUAAGCACAUUGCAAUAAGGGCAAAGAAGUCUGAUGGAUCCUUUUAUUAUAAUUAUAAAGGAUUUAAUAGCAUCAUUCUCAUGGCUUUUGUGGAUGCUGAUUAUAAAUUUAUAUUUGUUGAUGUCGGGUCAAAUGGAAGAGCAAAUGACGCUUCAGUUUUUAAUCAAUCUGAGAUAGGAAUUGCAAUUCGCAAUGAAGCUCUCAAUUUUCCAGAAAAUCAAGAGUUACCUGGUUCAGACGUUAAGGUUCCCUUUGUAUUUGUUGCUGACGAAGCUUUUCGACUUUCAACUAGAAUUUUAAAGCCAUAUUCACAAAGAAAUGAACAUGAAAAUAAAAUAUUUAAUUACAGACUUUCCCGGGCAAGAAGGGUAUCCGAAAAUUGUUUUGGUCAACUAGUCAAUCGGUUCCAAAUUCUUCUAAAAGAAAUCACUUUAGAUGUUGAAAAAGCAGAACUUAUUACUUUAACCUGUUGUGUUCUACAUAAUUUUUUAAAAAUAGAAAACCACAAUGACGACUCUUUUCAAUGUACUCAAAGAAAUGCAACCUUAACAACUAUUGAACAUAGCCCGGGCCACAGAUCUUCUAAUGAUGCAUCUGCAGUCAGAGAUAUUUUCAGAACAUACUUUAAUAAUGAGGGACAAGUUUCCUGGCAAGCAGAGGCUGUAACAAAAUUUAACUUUUAAAACAAAUAUAUAUGUACUUUUAAAACAAACAGUAUUUUAUUAUGUGUUAUUAUGUAUACAUACAUAUUACUAUAAAAAUAAAAUGUAGA